UUCACUUUAGCUACUCCGGUUGAUCAUCCUUUUUGCAGUAUGGCGAUGAUUAUGAGUCCGAAGGAUCACAUUGAGGAUAUCCGCAGAAGAAAAUUUUCAAUCGGAGGAGACCCAAACUCUCUCAGAGAGGACCUCCAUCAGGCCGUUAAAAACCUCUCCGCCGAGCUCUACUCAAAGGAUGUCCACUUUCUCAUGGAACUCAUCCAGAAUGCCGAAGAUAAUGAGUACGAGGAGGGAGUGAAACCCAGUCUGGAAUUCGUGAUCACGUCAAAAGACUUAACGGAGACGGGAGCAAAGGCGACCCUCUUGAUAUUCAACAACGAGAAAGGCUUUUCCAGCAACAACGUUGAAUCCGUUUGUAGGGUCGGCCGUUCUACUAAGAAAGGCAAACGCAAGAGUGGUUAUAUUGGCGAGAAAGGGAUUGGGUUCAAGAGCGUGUUUCUGAUCACUGCUCGACCAUACAUUUUCAGCAAUGGUUACCAGAUUCGAUUUAGCGAGGAACCGUGCGAGCACUGCGGUAUUGGGUUUAUUGUUCCAGAAUGGGUUGAUGGAAACCCUAUUCUUGCACGGAUAAACCAAAUCUAUGGUUCUUCAACGAAACGACCUCCCACAACUAUGGUUUUGCCGCUCAAGUCUGACAAGGUGGCGCAGGUGAAGCAGCAGCUUUCAAGCGUUCAUCCUGAGCUUCUCUUGUUUCUUUCAAAGAUAAGAGAGAUUUCGGUCAGGGAAGAAAACCAGGAUCCAAAGCUCAAUACUGUUAGCGCGGUUUCCAUUUCAAGCGGGAGAGAUCUUGUGAGGAAGAAAAACAUUGAUGCUGAGUCUUUCCUGUUGGUUCUUUCUGCUGACGAAAAGGCUUCAGCUGGGAGCAAUGGAGAAUGCAGUUACCAUAUGUGGAGGCAAAGAUUCCCAGUUAAGCAAGAAUGCAGAGUUGGUAGGAGAAUGGAGGUUGAUGAGUGGGUGAUCACCCUUGCGUUUCCUUAUGGGGAACGCCUCAAACGUGGAAAUAUCUCUCCUGGGAUUUAUGCUUUUCUUCCUACAGAAAUGGUCACCAACUUCCCCUUCAUUAUUCAGGCAGACUUCUUGCUAUCAUCGUCCAGGGAGGCCAUUCUUUUGGAUAACAAAUGGAAUAAGGGAAUUCUGGAAUGUGUUUCUGUGGCCUUCUUAGCAGCAUUCACCUCCUUAGUAAAGGCUAACCAAGAUGCUCCCACCUCUACUCUGGUUCAUAUGUUUAACUUUCUGCCACUUAAAGGUCCUCCAUAUCCCAGUCUUAACUCCAUCAAAGACUCAAUCAGACAGAAACUUCUCAAGGAGGAAAUUAUGCCGUGUCAAUCAUAUACAACAGAGAAGUUUUUCCGAAAACCAAAUCAAGUUGGAAGGCUAAAGCCUGCAUUUUGGACGUUGGUGGAUAAGGCAAGGAAGCAAGGGGUCAGUUUCCUCGAUAUAUCUUCCCAUGGGAAAUAUAUUCUGAACCAUGCAUUUGAUCAGGAUAAGUACAAUGACAUUUUGAAGUUUUUGAAUGUAAAGUGUGUACAAUACGAGUGGUAUUCGAGGAGCAUUCAGAGUUCUAAUCUUGUCUUGGGUGUCUCAGAGGAUCUAUACCUGGAACUUCUGUUAUUUGUUGCUGUCAACUGGGGGUCAUUUUCAAAGACGAGUAUGGUGAAAGUACCAUUGUUGAAGUUCAUUGACAGUAACCUGCAUGUAGCAUUGAGUAGCGUUAAUUCUGCUUCUACAAAAACGUUGUUUCUGUGCACUUACUCAGAUGAAGUAUCAUGGCUGACAAGUUGGAAUAGAGAAUUUCGUUGCGUUGGCGGAUAUUUCAUUUCUGAAUCAACCCAGAAAACACUUCACAGUAGCCCUUCUAAGUGGAAGAAAGUGUUCAAAUGGCUUUGCAGUAAGUCGAGUGUGAAGUCUGUAGAUGUGCAAAACUAUGCAGUUAUGAUCCGGGACUCACUGAUUCAUGACCAGAAGCUUGUCCUUGCAUAUGCUCAUUUCCUGUAUCACUCGUUCACCCACAAGUAUUUGUCUGCAACACAAAUUGCUUCGCUUGGUGUUGACAUGCCGCUUGUUGAUGACUCUGGGCGUGUGAACACUAAAAGGAAACACGUUGUUGUACCUGCAAAUGGAAGUAAAUGGGUGCAGCUUCUUGGUUCAUCAAAUCCAUGGGAAAAAGAGGAUUACGUUGAGCUAGGAGGAGAAUAUUUGCAUGCUCAAACAUAUGCUGAUGUGUCUACCAAGAAAGAUGAGCUCCUUCAAUUUCUUAUGACUUCUGCUGGUGUUUUGGAUAUUCCCAAUUUGCCUCCUCCAGAUGUUUCACUAUCCAGUAUGGCUUCCCCACUAACCAGGGAUAAUGCAUUCCUUCUUUUAGAUUGGAUUGGUAAAAUGAAAAAGAAAGAGAUCCCAGAGAGAUUCUUGAAAUGCAUAAGGGAAGGAAGCUGGCUUAGAGUCCAUGUAUGUGGUAGUCCUGGCUACAGGCCCCCAUCACAAUCCUUCUUACCUUCCGAGUCCUGGGGAGACCAUUUGCAGAAUAGAUCUUUGCCUGUUGGUAUUCCAUUAGUUGAUCAGGAGUUUUAUGGUGAUGAGAUUUCUGGGGAGUAUAAAGAAGCUCUGAGAACUGCUGGUGUUAUGUUUGAGUUAAAGGAAGCCAGUGAAUUUAUUGCGAAGCACUUUAUGUCUCUGUAUGCUUCUUCUACAUUGACAAAAGGCGAUGUCAUUUCGAUGCUGAAUUUCCUUAGGUAUUUGAGGGCUAGACUUCUCCCUCCUGAUAACUUCAUCAACAGUAUCAAAGAUGAGAGUUGGGUCCAGACAACUCAAGGCAACAAGACCCCAGGCCAAUCUGUGUUUCUUGAUAAGGAAUGGCCUGCAGCAUCGCAGAUCAGCAACAUUCCAUUUCUUGAUCAAAAUCAUUAUGGUCAUGAGAUUCUUGCUUACAAGGAAGAACUCGAGCUUCUUGGUCUAACCUAUGGUUUCGAUCAAAAUUUCCAGCUAGUAGUUUCCAACUUGAAACCUUCAGCCAACUUGGCUUCACUAAGUGCUGAAGCAGCUCUCCUGGCACUAAACUGUAUUCAUCACCUAAAUUUAGGAUCUUCUGAUAGUCUAUGCAUAGCCCUCGCGGGCAACAGAUGCUUAAAGACUGUGAGCAAUGGAUACAGAUCUCCUGCUGAAUGUUUCCUACCAGAUCCAACCUGGGCUAGCCUUCUUCAGGUUUUCGAUGAUGACUUUCCUUGUAUUGACGAGAAGUUCUAUGGGAGUAAAAUCAGUUUGAUCAAGAAUGAGCUUCAAAUGUUGGGUGUGGUGGUUAGUUUUGAGGAUGUUAGUAAGUCAUUUGCUCAAGUUUUUAGACAGCAGACAUCCAAAUGCGCAUUGAGUAAGAGCAAUGCACUUUCUCUCCUGGAAUGCUACAGGAAGUUAAAGAAUGCAAACUGCUUGAAUUUACUAAAGUCAGAUGAAGAUAUAGGGAAAGUUAUUCAAGAGGUGAAGUGGCUUAGAACCAGAAUUGGUAGUGCCUGUACACCCAAAGAGUGCAUCUUGUUUGGUAAAGAUUGGGAAGCCAUUUCUUCUGUCUGUCUGUUACCAUUUCUGGAUGACGCUUAUUAUGAUCAGGGCAUUCUUGAGUACAAAGCGGAGCUUUGUAGUAUAGGAGUCACUACCACUUUCAAAAAAGGCUCAAAGUUUGUUCCUGCAGGGCUCCGAAUGCCCAAGAAUCCUGGUAAAAUUUCGCCUUCUGUUGCGUGUUCACUUCUGCUGUGCUUAAGGAAUUUACAAGAGGAUGUUGACAACGAUCUGAUCUCCGUUGUCUUGGAGAAACUCGAUCAUAAGUGGAUCAAGACUCGAGCAGGUUAUCGAUCUCCAAAACAGUGUUUGCUAUUUGGUUCUAGUUGGAAUGGUAGGCUGAAGCAAGAAGAUGGACCCUUCAUAGAUGACAAGUUUUAUGGUGGCCCAGAUUUUCUGUCAUACACGAAAGAACUAGAGGCUUUGGGGGUAGUGGUUGAGGCGAAAAAUGGAUGCUCCUUGGUUGCUGAUUACCUUGAUGUCCACUCUGAUCACGCCACAAUCAAUCGGAUAUAUACUUACUUGAACGAUCACGGUUGGGUUACUAGCAGUGAUGUAUGUGUAAAGAUAUGGAUUCCCAAUGGGAAGAAUAGUGGAAUGUGGCUGAGUCCUAAGGAUUGUGUUCUCCAUGAUAAAACCAAUCUUUUUGGUUCACACUUGUUUGUGUUAGACAAGUAUUACAGCAAGGAAUUGGUGGUUUUCUUCAGCAAAUUGGGAGUUAAUAGCAAUCCUUGUCUGGAACACUACUUGAAGCUUUGGAAGGAAUGGGAGUGUGCAGAGAGGAGAUUACUGACUUCUGAGUGCUGUGCCUUUUGGGAGUUCAUAGUGAACCAUUGGAGCUCAAAGACACAGAAACUUGUUGCAGAGAAUCUAUCCAAACUUCCUGUUUGUUCAGGCCAGGAUGGGAUAUUGUUGGUGGACAAACACGACGUUUUUAUAGCCGACGAUCUCUUCAAGAAGGAACUUUUUGAACAAAGCUGUGUGGAUCCUCUGUUUGUUUGGUACCCCCAGCCAAGCCCUCCAUCCCUGCCCAGAACCAAGCUUCUCAAUAUCUACACAGAAAUUGGCGUUGGGGCUUUGUCAGAAUGUGCCGAGAAUAUGGGACUUUCUUCAAUCGACUGUGCGGGGCUGGAAGUGGCCAAUCCGGAUAUGAUCUUCAUUGGGAAAACCAUGUUCACUCUCAUUCUUGGUUUCCUAGCUCAGCCUUCUCUGGAGAUGGAAGCGGAGAAGAGGCAUGAGUCGGUGUGGCGGCUCUUGAACACCAGCUUUCUGAAGCUGAAAGAACCCAUUGCUGUGGACUAUAGGCUAUCACUCUCGUCUGGAAAAACUGUAUUUGCUAAGGCAAGGAGAAUGAUGGUGUGGGAGAGAGAGAGGUCCAAGUUCUUCAUUGCAGAGACUGAAAAAUGGGAUGGUUACAAAAGUGUCCUGGAAUUUGCUAGUUAUUACUCAGAAGAAGUUUCCAAGGGGAUAUUAUGGGAGAAAGAAGAUGCGGUGCGUGAGCUUGGUGAACUCAUCAGGUUGGGGUGCAUCGUCAAGUUUGAUAAAGUAGCUAUCAGCUUCCUGAUGAAGCUACACAACCUUCAGGUUUUUAAGGAAGAUGAACUGUUUUUGUCUUCUGUUUUUCCUGCUCAGUAG